GCUCAGUAAGCCUUCGCCCCGCCGGUGGAGGGAGCCGGGCGCCGGGGCGCGGGGGGCGGGUCCUGUCAGUGGUCUGGGGCGGGCCCUCUCCCCGUCUGCACCAGGAGAUUGGUGGAGGCAGCCUCCUCGCGGGGUUGCCGAGAGCCCUUAAGAGCUACAACCCGCGCCUCCGCGCCUCCACGUCUGCGGCCGAUCGGCCCCUCGGCCGCCCGAGGUGAGGGCGGGAGGACCAGCGCGCCUCCCCGUCGCGGACUUGUCACGAGUUCUAGGCGACUUUCGUCCCUGAGGCCAGACCCGCGGGCGGCCGCGGCGGGCAGUGUGGCCCUCGGCCUGAUAGGACGCGUUCCCUGCCUCGCCGGUGUCGGGUCCGGUGACGCCCAACGGCUGGGUCGAGCCGAAUUCUGCACGCAGACAAGUGGGGCGGAGCGGAACCGAGCGGAACCGAGCGCGUAAGUUCUAGCGGGGCCGAGCGGAACUUUGCAAGCAGAGUGAGGUCGAACCCCGCCGAGCCGAGCCGAGCCGCGCAGAACGAGGGGGUCGAGCGAGCGGGGCCGAGCGGGCCGUCUGUCGAGCCGAGAGGGCCCGAGCGGAGCCGAGCAGGCCCGAGAGGGGUCGAGCGGAGCCGAGCGAGCACAGUCGAGCUGAGCCGAGUCCGCCCGAGGCGCCCCGAAUACCUCGGCCCGGCUGUACUGGCGGCCGCCGCCAUGAAGCGGGACCGGCUCGGCCGCUUCCUGUCGCCGGGGGCGGCGCGGCCGCGCGGGGCCUCGGGCGGCGGCCUUGGCGGCCGAACCCGGGGCCGACCCUCGCGCAGCAGCGCACCAGGCGUGGACAGGGCGGCGGCCUUGGCGGCGGCGCGUCUCAGCUGGGCCCCGGCUCGGGCCUGCGCGGACGCGGGCGAAGACGGAGCGGACGAGGCAGGAACAGGCCGAGCUCUUGCCAUGGGGCAUUGUCGCCUCUGCCACGGGAAGUUCUCCUCACGGAGUCUCCGAAGCAUCUCUGACAGGGCACCUGGGGAGAGCUCUGAGAGACCGUCCCCAGGGGAGCGUGUCUUCAUCAGGGACUUCCAGCGUCUGCUGGGUGUGGCUGUGCACCAGGACCCAGCCUUGUCUCAGUUUAUCUGCAAGAACUGCCACACCCAGUUCUACCAGUGCCACAGCCUCCUCAGGUCCUUUCUGCAGAGAGUCAACGCCACCCCGACAGGUCAUCGGAAACCUUGUGCAAAGGUUGGUGCUCAGCCCCCCACAGUGGCAGAGGAAGGAGCUCGUCUGGUGGAUCUGAUCACCUCGAGCCCCCGGUGCCUGCACGGCUUGGUGGGGUGGGUGCACGGACAUGCGGCCAGCUGCAGGGCCCUGCCCAGCCUUCAGAGGACACUGUCCUCCGAGUACUGCGGCAUCAUCCAGGCUGUGUGGUGCUGCGAUCAGGGCCACGACUACACCAUGGACACCGACUCCCGCUGCAGAACCCUCUUGCUGGACAGUGCACUGGCAGUCAAGUGGGCCUGGGACCAGGAGACGGCCCCACGGCUCACCCAGAACCAGGCAUCCAGCCCCCCUGGGGUUGCCCUUCAGCUCUCCCAGGGCAGAGGGACCACAGUUGGGUCUGAGACCAAGAUGCCACCCAGCAUGGAUACAUCCUCACCUCCCUCAGAUGGCAGCCCUGUGGGGCCUGGGCCAGGCCCCCCACCACAGCCCAGCUUUCCCCUCUGCGAGGCCCCAGGGCAAUUGGGUGAGAAGCAGGUUCCGUCUUCAGCCUCGGAUGAUCGGGUAAAAGACGAGUUCAGUGACCUUUCUGAGGGAGACUUCCUGAGUGAGGAUGAAAAUGACAAGCAGCAGAGUACACAGUCCUCCGACGAGUCCUUUGAGCCUUACCCAGAGAAGAAGGUCUCUGGUAGGAAGAGUGAAAGCAAAGAGGCCAAGAAGGCUGAAGAACCAAAACCUCGAAAGAAGCCGGGACCCAAGCCUGGGUGGAAGCAGCAGCUCCGCUGCGAGAGGGAGGAGCUGCCCACCAUCUACAAGUGUCCUUACCAGGGCUGCACAGCCGUGUAUCGUGGGGCUGACGGGAUGAAGAAGCACAUCAAGGAGCAUCACGAGGAGGUCCGAGAGAGGCCCUGCCCCCACCCCGGCUGCAACAAGGUGUUCAUGAUCGACCGCUAUCUGCAGCGCCACGUGAAGCUCAUUCACACAGAGGUACGCAACUACAUCUGUGAUGAAUGCGGACAGACCUUCAAGCAGAGGAAGCACCUUCUUGUCCACCAGAUGCGCCAUUCAGGAGCCAAGCCUUUGCAGUGUGAAGUCUGUGGGUUCCAGUGCAGGCAGCGGGCAUCCCUCAAGUACCACAUGACCAAACACAAGGCGGAGACAGAGCUGGACUUUGCCUGUGACCAGUGCGGCCGGCGGUUUGAGAAGGCCCACAACCUCAAUGUGCAUAUGUCUAUGGUGCACCCUCUGACACAGACCCAGGACAAAGCCCUACCCCUGGAGGCGGAGCCACCACCUGGGUCCCCGAGCCCCUCUGGGGCCAUGGAAGGCCAGGCUGUGAAGCCAGAGCCUACCUGAGGUUGGCAGGUGGGACAGUGGCACUUAGAGCAGCUGGAACUCUGCCGGUGUGAUGUGGGGUCUAAGACGUGUCCACGUUCUCUAACUGGGGCACAGCUUUGCGUGCUUCUGGGAGUCCAUGCUGCAUCCCUGCCCCACGUACAUCAUCAUGUGUCAGGCAGGCUGGAGGGCGCCUCUCUCCCUUGGCUGGUCAAGGGAGCUUGAGUAUCGUGUAGCCUUUCUGUCACUCUGGGACCAGCAGCUUAUUUUCCAAGUACUGAGCUACUUGAGGCCAGACAGAUUAUGAGUAACUGAUUCCUUUUCCUAACUUCUGCAGCCAAGGAGAUUUGUAACCCAUUUUCUAGUGCAACAAGAGCUUCAUGUUAUGCUUGCAAUAAAUUAUUUACAAAGGA